AUGGACGUUGCCGCGGGCCCCGAGUCGCUGGAAAGCUGCUUUAACCGGAGUUCCACCGAGCGCUCCAAGAUGCUGGAUGGGAUUAAGAUGGAAGAUCUCCCGCUGAGAUCGGGGCCCGCGACUCUGGGCGUGCUGCUGGGCUCGGAGUGUCAGCACCAGGCCGUGUGCGAAGGCUGCCAGCAGCCGAUCUCCGACCGCUUCCUGAUGCGCGUCAACGAAUCCUCGUGGCAUGAGGAGUGUCUGCAGUGCGCCGCGUGUCAGCAGGCCCUGACCACCAGCUGCUACCUCAGGGAUCGCAAGCUGUACUGCAAGCAAGACUACCAACAGUUGUUUGCUGCAAAAUGCAGUGGAUGCAUGGAGAAGAUCGCCCCGACGGAGUUUGUGAUGCGGGCCCUGGAAAGCGUGUACCACUUGGGCUGCUUCUGCUGUUGUGUCUGUGAGAGGCAGCUGAGGAAAGGCGAUGAGUUUGUUCUGAAGGAAGGGCAGCUGCUCUGCAAAAGCGACUAUGAAAAGGAGAAAGAUUUGCUCAGUUCCGUCAGUCCAGAUGACUCCGAUUCAGUCAAAAGUGAUGACGAAGAUGGGGAUGUCAAACCGACCAAAGGACAAGUAAACCCAGGGAAGGGCAGCGAUGAUGGGAAAGAUCCAAGGAGACCAAAGCGUCCACGGACAAUACUCACAACGCAGCAGAGGAGAGCUUUCAAAGCUUCUUUUGAAGUCUCAUCCAAGCCUUGUAGGAAGGUCAGGGAGACGCUAGCAGCUGAAACUGGACUCAGUGUCCGAGUCGUUCAAGUGUGGUUUCAGAAUCAAAGAGCAAAGAUGAAGAAGCUGGCCCGGCGGCAUCAGCAGCAGCAGGAGCAGCAGAAUUCUCAGCGGCUUGGUCAAGGUGAAGCCACGGUGGUCCUGGGGUUGGGCCCGGAAGUAAUGUCCAACCGAAUGGAAGGGAUGAUGACGUCUUACACGCCACUCGCACCGCAGCAGCAGCAAAUCGUACCGAUGGACCAGAGCACCUACGCCACUGACCCCUUCCAGCAAGGUCUCACCCCACCACAAAUGCCAGGAAACGACUCCAUUUUCCACGACAUCGACAGUGAUACCUCUUUAACUAGCUUGAGCGACUGUUUCCUGGCCUCCUCAGAAGUGAACUCCAUGCAAGCCAGGGUAGGAAAUCCAAUUGAUAGGCUCUAUUCUAUGCAGAGUUCCUAUUUCGCUUCAUGA